CGCGCCACACACAGGCGCGCACACACACCCUCCCUCCGUCCCUCCCUCUCCCGCCGGCUCGCCUGCCUCUGCCUCUGCUUCUCGCUCGCAGCCGGCAGCUGCACCUGCUCGUCGCCAGCCCUCGCCCUUAGGACUCGCUCGAGCCGGGCCGGGGAUGUGGUCCCGGAGUGGCGGCGCGGGGACGCCGGAGCCCAGCGGCCUCCUGCCCCCACUAUCCCUGAGCCCUCAACCACGGGAGGCCCAGGAAGGAAAGUGACCAGGGCAUCGACUGGCAUCUGGGUUGAACAAAUUAAGAAGGAUUCUCUGCCUGCCUUCCAGUUGCCCUCCAGCCAAAGAACAGGAAGAGAAAUCCCUCAAGAAAGGAAAGCGAUGGAGAAGCAACCGAAACAAGAGAGAUGGCUUCUGCAAUUAAUCCAGGAUGAACGGGAGGUGCCCCACUCACUUUGGACUGGGCAGAUAGCCUGCAAAUUAUUUGUUUGCAAGUCGAAUAAUUCUUAAUGUGCAAGAGCUGCGGGAAGGAAGCCCCUUGGCUUAUUAAGCCCACAAUCUCUCAUCGAUCGCCGGCUCUGCACGUCUUCAUUCAGGUCUGUCCAUUUGCUGAGAAGCGAGAAAAGCUUUUGCCUCAGGUUCGUGUAAAAUGUGGUGCCCAGAACUGAUGCCAGAGAGGGCCUGAUCAGUGCCUACGACGCUGAUUCAUCUUGCUCUGGCUGUCUUGAGCUCUGGCCAACUCUGGAGUCCUCUUCACUGGAAGCCCUAGCACACAUCUAGACUGUAGUUUCUCUUGGGUGAUCUCACCCCACCCCAGUUCUGCCUGGACCCUCUCAGCAGCAGCACCCUGGGGGAGUGCUGGAGCCUCUGCACCUAGCUAAGAGAAAGCCAAGAAACACGUGCAUGGUGGGACCACAGUGGACAGGACAUCAUUCUCCCUGCCUCCGGGCACCGGUCCCUUUGCAUCCUGACACCGUCUGACCCAGGUGAGAGAGAGGAUGAUCGCCGGGGACGCUAGCAUGCACACCCCCAUCCUGGCCUGCUGGCAGCCGAUCCUCCUGCUGGUGCUGGGCUCUGUGCUGUCGGGCUCGGCCACGGGCUGCCCGCCCCGCUGCGAAUGCUUGCCCCAGGAGCGCUCUGUCCUCUGCCACCGGAAGCGGUUCAUCGCCGUGCCCGAGGGCAUCCCCACGGAGACCCGGCUCCUGGACCUGGGUAAGAACCGCAUAAAAACUCUCAACCAGGACGAGUUCGCCAGCUACCCCCACUUGGAAGAGCUGGAACUCAACGAGAACAUUGUCAGUGCCGUGGAGCCCGGAGCCUUCAACAAUCUCUUCAACCUCAGGACUCUGGGGCUGCGCAGCAACCGGCUCAAGCUCAUCCCCUUGGGCGUCUUCACGGGCCUCAGCAACCUGACCAAGCUGGACAUCAGCGAGAACAAGAUCGUCAUUCUCUUGGACUAUAUGUUCCAGGACCUGUAUAACCUCAAGUCCCUGGAGGUCGGAGACAAUGACCUCGUCUACAUCUCCCACCGAGCCUUCAGCGGCCUCAACAGCCUGGAGCAGCUCACGCUGGAGAAGUGCAACCUGACCUCCAUCCCCACCGAGGCGCUCUCCCACCUGCACGGGCUGAUCGUGCUGCGGCUGCGCCAUCUCAACAUCAACGCCAUCCGGGACUACUCGUUCAAGAGGCUGUACCGGCUCAAGGUCCUGGAGAUCUCCCACUGGCCCUACCUGGACACCAUGACCUCCAACUGCCUCUACGGCCUCAAUCUGACCUCGCUGUCCAUCACUCACUGCAACCUGACCGCCAUCCCCUACGUCUCGGUGCGCCACCUGGUCUAUCUCCGCUUCCUCAACCUGUCCUACAACCCCAUCCUGACCAUCGAGGGGUCCAUGCUCCAUGACCUGCUGCGGCUGCAGGAGAUCCAGCUAGUUGGGGGUCAGCUCAUGAUGGUGGAGCCCUACGCCUUCCGAGGACUCAACUACCUACGUAUCCUGAACGUGUCUGGGAACCAGCUGACCACCCUAGAGGAGUCUGCGUUCCACUCGGUGGGCAACCUAGAGACGCUGAUCCUGGACAACAACCCGCUGGCCUGCGACUGCCGCCUGCUCUGGGUCUUCCGGCGCCGCUGGCGGCUCAACUUCAACAAGCAGCAGCCGACGUGUGCCACGCCGGAGUUUGUCCAGGGCAAGGAGUUCAAGGACUUCCCCGACGUCCUCUUGCCUAAUUACUUCACCUGCCGCCGGGCCCGGAUCCGGGACCGCAAACCGCAGCAGGUCUUUGUGGACGAAGGCCACACAGUGCAGUUUGUCUGUCGAGCCGAUGGGGACCCGCCACCCACGAUCCUCUGGCUCUCACCCCGCAAGCACCUCAUCUCCGCCAAGAGCAACGGACGGCUGACCGUCUUCCCCGACGGCACCCUGGAGGUGCGUUACGCCCAGAUCCAGGACAACGGCACCUAUCUGUGCAUCGCUGCCAACGCCGGCGGGAACGACUCCAUGCUGGCUCACCUGCACGUACGGAGCUACUCGCCGGACUGGCCCCAUCAGCCCAAUAAGACCUUCGCCUUCAUCUCCAACUUGCCCAACGAGAGCGACGCCAACAGCACGCGCGCCACCGUGCCUUUCCCUUUUGACAUCAAGACUCUCAUCAUCGCCACCACCAUGGGCUUCAUCUCCUUCUUGGGCGUGGUCCUCUUCUGCCUCGUCCUCCUAUUUCUCUGGAGCCGAGGAAAAGGCAACACAAAGCACAACAUUGAGAUCGAAUAUGUCCCCCGCAAGUCAGACGCUGGCAUCAGCUCUGCCGAUGCCCCCCGCAAGUUUAAUAUGAAAAUGAUCUGAGGCAGGGCAGGGGGCAAGGGUGUCCAGGGGUGCAGGAAGGGACCACCCCAGGCCCCUGGACAUGAAACUUUGAGACUUAACAUGGCAAUCUCUCUCUUUCCCUUUCUUUCUUUCCCUCUCUCUCCCUCUCUUUCUCUCUUUCUUUCUCUCUGUCUCUCUCACAAUUCCUUCCACUUCUCCCAUCCAAUCUCACCCAUACUGCCCUCGCCCCCUGUCCAGUACACAGCCCUGGCCCGGCCCCAGCCCUCACCAUCCGCUCUCUUUAUACAAGGACAACAUCUGGCCAGGUGUUUGGACUCAGUGUUUGUAGGGACAUGCUCUGACGGACUGGGGUCAGAGGCCACUGCAGAACAAAACAAACAACGAACCAAGAAACACAAAAAAUUCAAUAAAUCAAUAAAAAAGUUAAGAACUUCCUCUGUAACUUGGGUUUCAAUAAUUAUGGAUUUUUAUGAAAACUUGAAAUAAUAAAAAAAACUAUUUCCUAUAGAUAGUUGGAAUGCAAACUUUUGACUUCCUGAUCUGUCUAGACCUCAUGCCCAAUCAGAUCUCCCCUCUUCCUCCUCUUUUUUGUCAUCCUCUUUCAUCUUCUUAGCCUGUGAAGAGGGCCUCCCCUGGAAAAGAGGUAACAGAUCACAGUGGUAUUGCUUCUCCCAAUCCCUACCGCAACCUCCGGGUCGGUCAGACCUUCCGCUCAGAGAAUACUCCUCUAGUCAGGUCCUGUCCUAAAGGCUGGUGUGAAGUCUAGGGGUCAACUGGAGAUCAGGUUGGAUUCCAGCUUGGGGGUUUCCAUGUUACCUGCUGUGGAGCCGGAAUGGCCUAAGGGGGGAAAGCAGCCGACCAUUCAGUGCCAGGGAUGAGUGAUUGCCUGUGGUUUCCCCAAAGCCAAGGAUCCAUGGGAAAAUCAUAAGUCUGGGUAGCGGGGAUGUGGCCUUGGGUUAAAGCCCCAGUUCUGCCACUGACUGGCUGUGUAAACUUGGGAAGUUGAUUCUCCUCUCCGAGCCUCUGUUUAGACAUUUAUAAAUUGGGUGUAAUGGAAUCUGUCCUGCCUACCUCACAGGGCUGUUGUGAGGUUUACAUGAGAUAACAGAUGGAAAUGCUUUCUAUAAAUUAUAGAGAGCUAGGUCCGUGGGAGCUAUUAUCAUGGA